CCAAUCAGAUUGAAGGAGAGUAAUGCUAGUAUGUGGUAAACUGACGGUUAUAUCUAUUGCUGCUAAUUUUUGGAUAAUAAUUCUGUUAAAAUGCGAUGUUUCUCGCCGUUUUUCUACGAAUAAUGAAGGACAGACACGUUGGAUGAAGGGGGGGAUAUAAUUUAAUUGGACAACGUAAGUGCACCGAGGAAGGAUGGAGACUCUGAUUCCCACCAUCAACCGUAUGCAGGAGGUCUUCCUCACAGUGGGAGCAGAGGUCAUACAGCUGCCUCAGAUAGUCGUGGUUGGAUCUCAGAGCAGUGGAAAGAGUUCUGUGUUGGAGAGCCUGGUCGGACGGGAUUUCUUGCCUCGGGGAUCAGGAAUAGUCACAAGACGACCCCUCGUGUUGCAACUUGUUAACGUUGCCCCUCUGAAGGAGAGACUGAAGACUGAGAAUGGACAUGGGGUAAAACAAAAUGCCCAAAUCAGCUACCCAGGUGUCAAAACUGAAGAAUGGGGUACAUUCCUGCACUGCAAGAACCAGAUCUUCGCAGAUUUUCAGGAAAUUCGCCGGGAAAUUGAAGCGGAGACCGAACGCAGUUCAGGUGACAACAAGGGAAUCAGUCCUGAGCCCAUAUAUUUGAAGAUUUUCUCCCCCAAAGUCCUUAAUCUCACCCUGGUCGAUUUACCCGGCAUUACUAAGGUUCCGGUUGGUGACCAGCCAGAGGACAUUGAGGCACAAGUACAAGAGAUGAUCCUGUCCUUCAUUUCCAAUCCAAACUCCCUCAUCCUCACAGUGUCCCCUGCCAACUCUGACUUGGCCACCUCGGAUGCUCUGAAAUUGGCUCGUGAGGUUGAUCCAGAUGGUCGCCGAACACUGCUGGUGAUCAGUAAGCUGGACCUGAUGGAUGCAGGGACUGAUGCCCUGGAGGUCCUUCUGGGUCGAGUCAUUCCAGUCAAACUUGGGAUUAUUGGGGUUGUUAACAGGAGCCAGCAUGACAUCAACACCCAGAAGAACCUGGAGGACACGAUGAGGGACGAGCAUGCCUUCCUGCAGCGCCACUACCCCUCGCUCGCCUCCCGAGCCGGCUCACGCUAUCUGGCCAAAACUCUCAGCAGGCUGCUCAUGCACCACAUCCGGGACUGCCUGCCAGAGCUCAAAACCCGAGUGACCGUGCUGAGCGCCCAGUACCAGGCGCGACUCAACGGCUACGGCCAGCCAGUAGAAGACCACAGCGCCACCCUGCUGCAGAUUGUCACCAAGUUUGCCAGCGAUUACUGCCACACCAUCGAGGGAACGGCCAGAUAUAUCCAGACCUCAGAGCUCUGUGGGGGUGCUCGGAUCUGUUACAUAUUCCAUGAGACCUUUGGGCGCACUUUGCAGUCCAUCGACCCCCUGGGAGGAUUGAGUGAGCUUGAUAUCCUCACUGCCAUCCGCAAUGCUACGGGUCCGCGGCCAGCACUUUUUGUGCCCGAGGUGUCCUUUGAGUUGUUGGUGAAGCGGCAAAUUAAGCGUCUGGAGGAGCCCAGUAUGCGCUGUGUAGAGCUUGUUCAUGAAGAGCUGCAGAGGAUCAUCCAGCACUGCUCCUCUUAUAGCACUCAGGAGCUUCUGCGAUUCCCCAAACUGCACGAUUCCAUUGUGGAAGUAGUGACAGGAUUACUGAGGAAGCGCUUGCCGAUUACUAAUGAAAUGGUGCACAAUUUAGUAUCAAUAGAGCUCGCCUACAUCAACACAAAACAUCCAGACUUCAUGGAUGCAGCGCAGGUCUCUGCAUCUGUCAACAGUCAGCAGGCGGAGGCCCUCGAUGGAGGGAAGCGCUGGAAGAACGAGAAGGUUGCGGAUGAGAGAAUCCCGGCUGCAGGCUUUGGCAGUCACAGCAAAGGCCAGGCCAUUAACCUCCUUGACACAGCGGUACCCGUAUCCCGCAAGCUGAGUGCGAAGGAGCAGAGGGAUUGCGAGAUCAUCCAACGCCUCAUCAAGAGCUACUUCCUCAUUGUCCGCAAAAGCAUCCAGGACAGUGUGCCCAAGACAGUGAUGCACUUCCUGGUGAACUUUGUGAAAGAGCAUCUGCAGAGUGAGCUGGUGGGUCAGCUUUACAAACAGCAACUGCUGCAGGAGCUGCUCAUUGAGUCACAGGACACGGCACAGCAGCGGACUGAGGUUGCUCAAAUGCUUGAGGCGCUCCAAAAAGCGAAUAACAUCAUCUCUGAGAUCCGGGAGACCCAUCUGUGGUAGCCAGAGGAAACGAACAAUUACCUUGUCAUAGGACAGCUUUGAGAGUAUGAGAGUGUAUGUGAGUUUACAGCACAGAGAGAGAGUGUGUGUGUGUUUGUCUUUGUGUGGCAGCACCCAUGUUUUCUCAUGGACCAAUGACCAUAGCAGAUUAAGAUCUACUUUCCCCCCCCCCCCCGUCAUCUGUCGCCCUGACCAGUUCACCGGGGCUGUUGCUUUUCACUGUGAACGUUGUGUAGCGAAGCAAAUUGAUUAAACACUCAGGCCAAAAGUGUUACCGCAAAGUUGAAAUGUGAAAGACAACCGCGAACAAAAUCUUUUUGUGACAAAAAUGUUUGAUGGGUCGUAAGAUUGUUGCUGUAAUUGUAAAAUGUAAAUUAUAUGUGGAGUGUCUAAGUUGUUCUCUAGGGUGUUUUUGUUUUUUUGUUUGUUUGAAGGCGGGGUGAUCAAAAUGUGUUCACACUGUAAAUUUCCACACUUUCCAAAAAAACUGGGCUUCCUCUGAGCCACGUUAGCAGGUGCUAGAACUAUGCUAGAUUAGAUGUGUUCCAACUUUAAUCCCCUUUUGUUGGAGCACUCACCAGAGAUGGAAAUGAAGCGGAAACCCAACUCAAUUAUUGCUGACUGCAAUGCAACACUGAAGGCAGACCGCGGCCAUUUGCAGAAAUUACGGGAUGAAUGCAGAUUGUUUUUCCAGCUUUGUAGUGCUAAUCAAUAUCAGGUUUAUUUUCCGGAGCCAAAUUUACAUAUCAGCCCAUUUGUACCGUUAACUGUUGCACUGACUUUCUAGUUCUGUGUGUAGUCAUAAACGAGGAGACCAAAACAUCCAACAUAUAUUUACCCAUUUAUAGGUCUAUAGGAGACAAGUUGGGCAGCUAUAGUAUGUAGAGUAUAUAUACUAUAUAUUUAGAAAUGAAUAAAAUGUAUCAUGAUAGUCAGGAGAUUAUGUUGUAUGGGUAGGGUGCUCCAUCAUUUGCUAGAUUUUAGAUCCAGAUGGCAGGGCGGUAAUGUUCUGUAGCUUCUCUUUAUUUCCUCGAGCCAUUUGUUCGCUGGUUUCCGCUGUUAAUGAUACAGAGAUAUAAGAUAGUUCCCUAUUAUUCUCCCCUGUCCAGUAGUAAGGACACUGCCCAAGUAUAAGAGACUCGCUAUGCAGCUACAUCCUGCAUGCAGAGCCAUUUGCUCCCGUGCCAAUUAUAAUUUCAUUGUGUAAUAUUGCUAGAUGUGAAAAAUUAUUCAUCUUUUUACCAUCUGUUCCCAAUUUAAGUUGUUGUUCAGGCAGAUUCCUCCCCCCCCUCCCCCAAGUGCUAUAAUAUAUAUAAGCUAUUAAUGUGAAUCUCCUCUCAUAGCCAAAACAAAUGGUUAUCCUAAGAAUGAGGCUUUUUUCAGGAAGACCUGCCUUAACGGGGACCAUCAAACAGUAACAGUGUGAUCAGGGAGCGAACACAGCACCCUGUCAGUCUGUCUUUCUGAAAGCCCUGUGUAAGUUUGCAUGUGUGUGUUCAGUAUGCAUGUGUGGACGUACGAAUGAGCGAUUUAUGUAUAUUUUGUAUUAUUUAAAUAUCUAAUUAUUAUCAUGUGUCAACUGCCUAUGAGUUCUUGCCUGCCAAUAUUUGUGAUAUUACUGAAUGAAGUCUGUUGAGAUUGGAGGGACUCAUUAAACCCUAACAAAGGACACUGUACGGACUCUGUUUGGGUGUUAUUGAUGAAAUGCAGUUAAAGGAAUUGAUCUGUUUUCA